AUGGAAAACCUGUGCGAACUCGACAACGCCAGCUGCCACCCGCUGGUGUGCUUCCUGUGCCACGAGCAGUACGAGCAGCCGUGUCUCUUGGAUUGCUACCACAACUUCUGCGCCAGCUGCCUGCGGGGACGAGCCAUCGACGGCCGCCUGGCGUGUCCCCUGUGCGGCUACCAGUCCGUCGUGAAGGGGAAUGGGCUCCCUCCUGAAGACCAGCUGCUCAAAUUCCUGGUGGACAGCUCCGGGGACUACGAAGAAGAGGUCCUGUGUGCGAAUUGUGACCUGCAAAGCACAAAGCAGGAGCUGGACGCCAUGUACUUCUGCAACACCUGUAGCCAGCCGCUCUGCGGCACGUGCCGGGAAGAGACCCACAAAGCCCGGAUGUUCUCCCGCCACGAGAUCGUCUCGCUGAGCAAGCGGGCCAAGGAGGUGCACAAGAAAUGCCGUACGGAGAGCCGAGCGCAUUGCAUCGAUAUUGAGACGGCCUACAUGCGCGGGUGUGAGAAAUUGGACCAGGCUGUGAUGGCGGUCAAGGAGCUGCAGACGUCCACCCGCGAGGCCAUCGUCCUGCUCAAGGCCAUGAUUGAGGAGGUCCGGAACAGCGCAGACGAGGAGUCAUCGGCCAUCAACGGCCUCUUCAGCAGCAUGCAGGAAAAACUGGCCGAAAGGAAGAAGACUCUCCUGAAAGCUGUGCAGAGCCAAUACGAAGAGAAGGAAAAAGCUUUUAAGGAGCAGCUCUCUCACCUGGCUUGUAUCCUGCCAACCCUCCAGGUGCACCUGGUCACCUGUUCUGCGUUUCUCAGUUCGGCCAACAAAGCCGAAUUCCUGGAUUUGGGCUAUCAACUGAUGGAGCGCUUGCAAAGGAUCGUCAAACAGCCCCAUCGGUUGAGGCCCUCGCAAACCAGCAAGAUCAACAGCGAAUAUCGGGCUGAGUUCGCCCACUGCCUGGAGGCCCUGCUACCCUUGUCCCCACGCCGGUCAGUGGUGGGCGCCACAGGAGCCAUCGGUCCCGGCCUGAGCAACAGCAACAUGAUGUCCGGGGGUCCCGGCUCCAAGACCCUCUUAGUGGCCGGCUGUUCGGCGUCGCAUGAAAAAAUCCCCCUGGAUGGAUCGCCGGUGAGGAAGGCGACGAUGCACCGAUACAUCAGCACAAAAGUCCUUUUAGCCGAAGGGAGGGAGACGCCGUUUACCGACCACUGCCGGGACUACGAGAAUAUGUAUCGGGCGCUCCAGACCGAGAUCCAGAGCUUGAAGGACCAAGUGCAGGAACUCCACCGCGACUUGACCAAGCACCACUCCCUCAUCAAGGCGGAGGAGAUGGGCGAAAUCCUGCAGAAAUCCCUCCAGGUGGACGUCCAGAUCGCCUCCGAAUUCUCGGCGGUGGAAAUGAGGCGGACGGAGUUUGAAGAGACCUGGGAGGAAACCUACCAGCGGGUGGCCAACGAGCAAGAGAUUUACGAAGCCCAGCUCCAUGAUCUGCUGCAGCUGAGGCAGGAGAACACCUACCUCAUGGCCAUCGCUAAGCAGAUCGGGCCUUACGUCCGAUCCAUUGCCCGGGUCAAGGAACGGCUGGAGCCCAGGUUCCAGGAGUGGAGAGAGAAAACCGGGGAUCAGCCGGAGAGCCUGCUCAAAAUCUACGAAGACGGACCCCUCCCAGCCGAGUCUCAGCCCAGCCCCGGCACAGAAGCCCAGACGCUCGGCUCUCCCACUACGGACCUGCAGCCGAAAAGCACCGAGGUCUUCAAAAACAAGACGAAAAUGAGGGCAGAGACCCUCUCGGACCCCACAGGAGCCCCAGAAAGUCUAACCAAGGAAGGAGACCAGGAACCCCACCUCCUUCGGCAUUGAGGGUGCCACAUUUUCCUUUUGUGGAAAAAU